AUGGCUUCAAAUCAGCAACAAUAUAAUGAGCAAUUGCAAUUGCUUCAACAACGAUUUCCAGAAGAAUCAAAUCAUAAAUUCUUACGUCUAUUGCACAAAUAUGAUGGUGAUGUUGAUCAGGUCCGUGCAUAUCUUUUUCAACAAGAAUUUCGUAAGAAAAAAUUGGAUUCACUUGAAACUCGUUUUGGUAGUGCUUUAGCAGCUUUACAACCAACAACUGAACCAUUAAAACGUGCAUGUCUACUUAAACUUAUGGAACGUUUUGAUGGUGAUGUUAAUUAUGUUCAAAAAUAUUUAGCGGCGUGCGAACAAAAAAGAAGUGAUAAGACAAAUGAUUCAAAUCAAUCUGAGGAUACAUAUCGAAAAGGACUCAAAUUAAAAUAUGCUACUCAAUUAGCAGAAUUAUCUACAGCUGGUAUCAAUACUCAUUGUCCAUGUGUACUUAAAAACUUAGAAAAAUGUCAAGGUGAUGUUAAUAAGGUAUUGAAAAUAAUGGAAGUUCAUAAAGAAAAAAAAGAUAAAUUAAAUGAACUUGCUACAAAAUAUGAAAACCAAAUUGCACAACUUGAAGCUGAUGGUAUAAAAAUAAAAAAUAAACGAUAUUUAAUACAAUUAUUAGAAAAAGCGAAAGGACAAAUCGAUAUUGUCAAACAACUUUUAGCUGAAAGAAAUGAACAAAAACAUCAGGUUAAUUCAUCAACUGAAGAAGAUAAAGAUAACAUAUCUUUUUCGAAAAAUCGACAAGAACUAAAUAUUGAUGAUAUCGAUACUAUUAAACAAUUUCGUUCAGCAGGUAUACAGGGUAAUCCAGUUAAAAUUUUAUCAGUAUUUCAUGAAUGUAAUGAUUCGAUUGACAUGACUAUUGCUCGUCUUGAAAAGGAACGAGAACAACGUAAACAACAAUCCGAAAAACGUGUUCAACAACGUGUCGUACUUGCAGAAAUUCAUGAUGCUUAUGUAACAAUAAAUAAUCAACAUGAUUGGCCUAAGGAUAUUGAACAAGUUUAUUUAGAUGGAAAUAAUAUGAUGUUUGUUAUUGAUUCACUUCGUCGUCUUUGUUUAAAUCGAAAUGGAAAAAAAACUGAACGAGCUAUUGCAGAUAUUGCAGCAGCAUGGAAUGAACAUAUGCAUAUACCAAAUGUUGAUCUAAUUUUUGAUUCAACACGUCAAUUAGAUCAAGUUGGUAGUAUUAAAGUUAGCAGUGCUCAACCAGCUUACAAAACAACCGAUGAUAUGCUUAUUGAAAUUGUUCAACGAACUAAUAAUCAACAUACAAUUAUUGUAACAUCUGAUCGUGCUUUAGCUAUACAGUUAAAACACGAAGGAUGUCUACUUGUAAAACCUUAUGCAUGGUUUGCUCAUUGUGCAAUGAUAUUAACUCCGGAUUUGAUUAAACAUGAAGAAUCAAAAGAUAUGAGUACAACAAAAAAAACGUAUUAUGAUCUCGAUGAACUUGCUCGUCGUAUAGCUAAAAUCGAUGUAUAA